GCGAGGUCGAGGCAAAGAACUCAUCGCGUGGAUCCUCCAUUUGGGUCAACACGGCUGGACGUGGAAUCCAACCCGGGGUGCCAGCGCACACGACACCGGUCACCGCCCGCCUCCUUGUAGGCUUGUCUGCCAGAUCGAAGGCAAGCGCGGGCGCCGGCGUGGCCUUGCGAUGGAGAGCCCCACGUCGACGGCGUCGCGCCCCGACUUCUACGACUUCCUCGACCGCAUGCGCCGCCCCGCCGCCGCCGACCUAUUCCGCUCCAUCAAGAGCUUCCUUGUCUCCUUCUCCUUCCACGCGCCCAACGCCGAGGAGGACGGCAGCAAGGUCCAGGCCUUCCUCGCGGAGAUGGAGAGCGCCAUCAGGGACCACCCGCUCUGGGCCAACGCCACCGAUCAGGAGAUCGACCACGCGCUCGAGGGCCUGGAGAAGUAUGUCAUCACCAAAUUGUUCGACCGCACGUUUGGGACUUCCACUGAGGAUGCCGUUACCGACAUGGACAUCUCGGAGAAGAUUGGUCUCUUGCAGCAGUUUGUUAAGCCUCAUCACUUGGAUAUACCCAAGGUCCUGCAUAACGAGGCAUCGUGGCUGCUUGCAGUGAAAGAGCUGCAGAAGAUUAAUUCCUUUAAAGCACCACGUGAGAAGCUUCUGUGCAUCAUGAACUGCUGUCAAGUCAUCAAUAACUUGCUUCUGAACAUAUCAAUGUCAAAUGAUCGAACAUUAUCUGGGGCUGAUGAGUUCCUUCCUAUUCUUAUCUAUGUUACUAUCAAGGCCAAUCCUCCUCAGCUGCACUCAAAUCUGAAGUUCAUUCAGCUCUUUAGAAGAGAAACAAAGCUAAUUUCAGAAGUCGAAUAUUACCUGACUAACCUCAUUUCAGCAAAGAUGUUUAUAAUAGAUGUCAGUGCUCACUCGCUCUCAAUGGAGGAAAGCGAGUUUCAGAAACAUAUGGAAUCGGCAAGACUAGCUACUCAAGUAUCUGUUGCAAGCCCAAGUAGCUCACAGGGGCUUCCCACAUCUGCAAGGGCAAAUCAGGAGGAAACUGAUAUGGCAGGUUCCAGAUUCCCUUUCAUGGACUCAGAAACUGAAAGCUUGACUCCAGGGGAAGUCAAGCAGCUGCAUGAUCUGUAUAAGCGAGUUGUCACAAGAUACACGCUGUUGUCUGAAGCCUUAAGAAAGUCAUCCAUAGACGAGGAUCAGCUCCUUAAUUCAGUGCAUGAUCCAUGAGGUGAUGUGAAGAUGAUGUCUAGGCAUGAUGGUAUUAAUCAUAAGCAGGCCUCGUUUCCAUUAGUUGCAGGCCUUAUAGGGGAAAGAACGAGGUCCUAGAUAACGAAUGUUCCAGCAAGUCCUACGCAAUGCAGGGCACAACAGCUGUGAGUUGAGCAUUACGCAUGGGAAGGUGUUAUCUUGUUCUUGAUAGCCUUGGCUCACUAGAGUUUUGUAGCAUUGUGGUGCCUUGGCAUGACUUGUACUUAGGUUGGGGGUCCUUUAUUCACCAGGAUGGAUCUUCUGAAAUCAGUGCUGAAGGAACUGGAAAUUGGCACACAUGACAUAUUGCCUUCUAACUCAUACAAUCUGCCACCAGAUGUCUCACAGUUUUGGUGCCGAUCGGCUUCCUGCAAUGGAGAAUGUGAAAAUCGAACCUGGAAUGUAGGGCAGAAAACCACUACUGAGGCAGGCGGGGAUAAAGAUGGAGUAACAUAGGCUGGGAAAUGUCUAGAUCUCUUGCCAUACUACACAUGGGAGUAUGCGUUGGAUCCCAAUGUUCUGUAGUUAGUGUUGAGCCUUGAGGUUUUAGAGCUGUAGUGUUGGGGAAAAUGUGAGCGGGUAACACUGAUUUUUAACAGCUGAUGUGCUGCUCCGGGCAAAUUCAGUCGGGCGUUAUGCUAAUGAAGAUUAUGUCAAAGGAAAAUAUGACCAAGGGUGAAAGGAGAUUUAUGUAGUUCCCUUUUAGUUACACAUCUGAUUUUAUUUUAAGCAAGUACGGAUGAGGGAUAUCCGUGGUCAAGUUUGAUGCUUCAGGUUGAGGUGAAAUUUCGUUAUUUGGCGACUCAGUAUGCCCACCUCACUGUGUAAUCUUUAUAUCUCAAGCGUGUAAAAGGAUGCCCAAAAUACAACUGUAUAGAUCAUCGUGGAUCACUCGAUCAGCUCAUAUUUAUUCUAUCAAUAAAGGCAAAUAUAAGACUAACUACAUUCUUUA